CAUCACAUUUCACAUCUGGAGAAAGCAGAUGUUUCGCUUUUUGGGAGCGUUUCCGCGCUGUCAUUGUUUCCGUUUCCACCUCCGAGAAACCUCACGCCUCCACACAGCGCUCUUGUUUUCGUUUGAAUCCUUUACUAUUUGCUUUUGGAUUAUCUGAAGUUUGAGGAGAGUCGUUCUUUUCCAACUAUGGGGGACAUCGAGGCUCCCAGCUCGACUCGGCCGCGCCAGACGGUCCUGUCCUCGAUUCUUCCCAGCAGAGAGUUCGUCUCCUCGAAGAAAGGCAUGCUGCUUAUUGCUGAAGUGGCUCUGUCCUUCGUGUCCUUUUUUUGUUUCGCGGCGUCCACAGCAGCAGCCUUCGUCACCGUCCCCUUGCUGGAGUUCCUGGCUGCUCUUUUCUUGUUGUUUGCUUAUUCCACCAAAUUCAAUGAGAGUUUUAAAGGCUUCUUAUGGCCGCUCAUGGACUUCAUGAGGUGUGUGACAGCGUCCAUCAUUUAUUUCGUCAUCUCCAUCAUCGCAGUGUCCAAAUAUGUGGACGGUUCUUCAAAAGCUGCUGGGGUGUUUGGAUUCUUUGCCACUAUCGUCUUUGCUUUAGAUUUUUACCUCAUUUUCAAUGAGCUGGCUGAUUUUCUGAAGCAAGGAGGGGGGUCCAAUGAUGAGCCAUCAAGGCAGCAAGAUGAUUUUUCAGACUCUGAUUCAGACUGAGACGUCUGGCAACCUUACCAGUCAGAAACGUUGCUGUCAAAACUAACGGAGCCUGAAGAGCUGAACUCUGCAAGUGUGUCCUCAUGCCACAAGGUUACAGUAGUAUGAAGUAUGGUAGAGAUCACAUCUUUAACAGGAAGCAAAGCUUGUAAAGCUGUGAAAAUGUUGAGUGUCAUUAUAUGUUUAGAAGAUAUUUUAAUAACCUAUGUGGGAGCCUUUGUUAUAAUCAGAAAUAAUAGCUUUUAUAAACAAUACUGCAACACUAAAUCAAUGUCCUUAAUGAAUACAUAUUUGAAAUAAUGAUGAGGAAGUUGUUUUGUAAAAACUGAGCCACAUAAGAAAAAUGACAGAUGGCAGGCUUACAGCAGGAUCUUUCAUAAAUUGGCAGUAUUACUAUAAAAGUAACAAAUGUACAGUGUAUAGAAGAACAGAUUUCAGGUUGGCUGGUUACAACCUCUGUUCAUUGUCCUAAACCUGUUCAGUGUUUAGUGUUUUCCUGUUUUUUCUUAAAACUGAACCUUUUUACCCUGAGGUCUGUCAUGAAUCUCAGUGACAGGGAUGAUUACGCUUGUUCAGAUUUAUUUACUGCACUUGAAGCUUGUAACAAAUAUUCACUUUGUUUUUGUUUUAUUAUCCUACAAACCUGUGCACAUAGCAGCACAUUGAAGCCACUCAAAGCAUAAUUAUGUUGUAAAAAGCUUAAUGUCCUUGUGAUUUCUUAGUUUGGUCCCCAGUGUCAUAGUUUCAUGUGAUUUCAUGUGUGUGUGAUUCUCCAGUGUUUAGCCACUUCUGACAUCACUAGAGUGCCACAAUGACUGUUUGUAAAGAACACUGCAUUAUACUAGUGAAACAACAGCACUGCAAUUAAACAAGGAUGCCUAAAAAGUGCACCAGUGGCCUUAAAUUAAAUUUUCCUUUAAACCUUUUACGUUUAAUUUCCAUAGUUGUGAAGUUUGUUACAUUAAACUUAAAAAAAAAAACUUUAAACCACUGAGCCUUUUUGGCAGCAUAAUUGUUACACCUCUGCUAAAGCUGCCAUUUGUUUAAAAAGUGAGACAAAAUCCCCAGUUUUGAGUCAUCGUGUGCACAUUCCCAGUGCAUGGAGAACAGGUCUUGGUUGAUGCUAAUCUACAGUGCAUUCAUGAAGUUUUCAGACCCCCUUGUCAUCAGCUGACAGCCAGCUGACUCUCUCUAAGCAUGCUGUUGGUUAAUUGCGCUCAUGCUGAAACUGCUCUAGCCUGGCUAUGGUUCGCUGCUCCCUCUGUAAGCUGGUUUUGGCAACCCUCCUCCACCCCAGCUUCUCUUUUAUGCUUUAUCUGACUUAGCUGAUGCCAUUCUAUUGUCAUUGAUGCCUUUAAACCCUGCUUUGGGUUUAUUGUUGCUUCUCUCCCUGUCUCAGGCUCUCCUGGUAGGCUCAUAGGGAGCUGGAAUGUGUGGUUGAUGCUUUCCAUGUAGGCUCAUGGAAGGGGAGGAGGAUCCCAGAACAGCCACACAGCCAAAUAUAAAUAACAGCAAUACAAGCAAAUUAAUAACUGCUAAUAAGGAGAAACAAUUAUGAUGCAACAAGCUUUGCACACCUGAAUCUGAGCUCACUCAAACUCGAUGGGUCCCAUUGGUAGACUGGACAGCCAUUUUCAGGUCUCUCCAGAGAUGUUUGAUUGGGUUCAAGUCAGAGCUCUGGCUGAGCCACUCUAGGACACUCACAGAGCUGUCCCUAAGCCACUCCUUUGUUAUCUUGGCUUCAUCCUCAGUGUCACUGUCAUAUAGGAUGGUGAACCUGAAGUCCUGAGCACUGUGGAUCGGGUUUUUAUUUAGGAUAUUUCUGUACUUUGCUCCAUUCAGCUUACCCUCAACCCUGACCAGUCUCACAGUCCCUGCUGCUGAAAAACACCCCAACAACAUGAUGCUGCCACCACCAUGGUUCACUGUUGGGAUGGUACUGGGCAGGUGAUGAGCAGUUUCCUUCAGAUGUAAUGUUUAGAAUUGAGGCCAAACACUUCAGUCUUGGUUAUAUCAGACCAGAGAAUCUUGUUUCUCACACUCUGAGAGUCCUUAAGGUGCUUUUUUUGCAAACCCCUAGUGGGCUUUCAUGUGUUUUGCACUGUGGAGAGGCUUCCCAUAGCCACUCGGCCAUAGAGCCUAAAUUGGUGGAGGGCUGCAGUGAUUGUUGGAACUUUGUCCCAUCUCCACACGGGAUAUCUGGAGCUCAGUCAGAGUGACCCAUGGGGUGUUGUUAUACUACAGCAUCAGGCUGUAACAUUACAAAACUGCAACCAAGGUAAUUGGGUUGGAAUACUUUCAAAAUGCGCUAUAUGUUUAAUGCUAUAAUUCUGCAUUUUCCAAGCAAAAAUACUUUCUACCAAAGCAACAUUAUACAUUUUUCAAACUAUACUAAACUAAUUUAUCCAAAUACUAUUAACACCUCCACAUCUAGGGAUUUCCUUUGACUGGAAGCAACUAAACUAAUUCUAUGUAGUUGCUGGGCAUCAAAAUAACAUGUUAAGGGUGGCAUAAUUCUUAUGACUAAGGCUCAUAGCUGAACUUUUUUGUUUAUACUAUAUGCAAUUUUUACUUGUCACUUCUCUGAAAAGAAAAAAAAUGCUUGAAUAAAGAACCUUUUUCACUCA